AUGGAACUUGUUCAAUCCCCACUAGUUCCUAAUUUCCCUUACAAGACAAUAUGGAAUCCUCAUGUUCCCCCGAAAAUCAACCUAUUCUUUUGGACUGCAUCCCUUUCUAAAAUUAGCACUCAAGACUCUCUUCAGCGAAGGAACUUCAAACUAGCCAGUCGAUGCCCUCUUUGUCUCUCUCAUUGUGAAUUCACUGAACACUUGCUCUUGAGUUGUCAAUUUGCUUGCAAGGUAUGGUCUCUUAUCCUCCCUAGCCAUUCUUCUUGGAUUCCACCACUAUCAAUUCUGCAAUUGGCGCAAACCUGGUCAAGUAACACCAUCACAGGACCUGCUAAACUGAUUUGGGACUUGGUUCCUGCCGCCGUUCUCUGGGAAAUUUGGAAUGAGCGUAACACAAGAAUUUUUCAGGAAAAAUCCCAGUCAUACUUUCAAGAUUUGAUGUUUAAUCACAGACCUAUUAUCGAGUACAUGGAUUCUGAUUCAGAAACGCCUGUGAUGGUUGAUUUCCUGAAACCUCACUAA